CAAAACUCGACUAGUGGAUUUUGUUUGCUGAAAGGGUUAACUAGUGUGUUGUGCUAAAUAAAAAUGAAGUCUGUGCUGCUGAUUGCACUUAUCGUGGCCCUGGGCAGCUGUCAAGGUGCCGAAGUCGCCGAACCUUUGGCAGCUCAAGACCGCUCUAUUUCCAGCGUGAUUCUGGAACUCGUGGAGGAGUUUAGAGUAGUUCUGCAGAAUGGAGUCCCGAGCUAUGGAAUUCCCGUAUUGGCCCCCAUGACGGCAGCGAAAAGAUCGUUUGAAAUCAAUUCGGGGGAGUUCAGUGGCACCUUUGGUGUUGAGGACUUUGUUCUGGAGGGGCUCGAUCAGUACGAGGUUAUCUCCAUGAACAUGGACGUCUUCCGGAGUCGCCUCACCUUCGAGUUUUUGUUCCGUAGCCUGAACUUUACCACCAACUAUGAGGUGGACAUGGGCAGUGGUUAUCGUAUUAAGCGCGAUGGUGGAGCUUUCUUUGCCCUCGAGGACCUGAGCAUUCGUGGCAAGAUCAGCUAUUCGCUGGGCGUGCUCACCUCGAACCUCCGCGUUAAGGACGUCUUGAUAUACCCGUCGGUGGGCAAGGUCAACUCGCAGAUCGAGAACCUGUCCAAGUACCGCAUCUUCAACCGCAAACUGAACGAGGUCAUCGAGGAGUUUGUCACCCUGACGAUCAACGACAACACCGACUUUGUGGCCAAGUGGGUCAGCGAACAGGCCACUCCCGUGUGCAACGAUCUCAUCGGAGAUCGUACUCUGAGUGAUAUCAUUGCUAUUAUCACAGGAGGAUUCUAGAAAUCCACAAUAAAAAUGAUCAAAUUUACCAACUUAA